UUUCCAAACCAGAGCCCUCCCACAGUCUGCUUCGUUCUUAUUUGGCCAGCGAAAAACAGAGCAUUCUCCGAUGUCCAAGGAGUGUUGCAAGAUUAUCAUCGUGCCACAGUGGAAGAGCAAGUAGCAAGAUUUUUGUCUAUUCUUGCCCAAACUGGUGGCAAGUAUCGCAAUUUGGCUUUCUAUUAUCAUCGAAGUAUUGGGACUAUCAGUAAGCAUUUUCAUAAUGUCUUGCGAGCUGUGAUAAGUUUAGCACUUCAAUUCCUGAAUCAACCUAGUGCAACAACGCCAGUGUCCUCCGUAAUAGGCAGUAACUCUAGAUUUUUUCUGUACUUCAAGGAUUGCAUUGGGGCUAUUAAUGGUACACACUUUCGAGUGAAAGUAAAUCGCGCCAGUCAAACUCGUUUUAGAGGUCGGAAAGAAUGGCCUACUCAAAAUGUUUUAGCUUCAUGCAACUUUGACUUGCAAUUCCUAUACGUUUUAGCUGGGUGGGAAUGGACAGCAUCUGAUUCAAGGAUUUUAAAAGAUGCAUUGGCUAGACCACAUGGGCUUGUAAUACCAGAAGGGAAAUUCAAUCUCGGAGAUGGUGCGCUAAUGUUACGUGCUUCGUUGUUAACAUCAUACAGACGUGUUCGGUAUCACUUAAAGGGAACCAAAAGAAAAGCUCCCAUGGGAGAUGUAUCUACCAAUCAAUUUGAGGUCAUGGCUGUCAACAUGAGCAGGAUGGCAUCAGGUAUAGAGAAAGGUAAUGUGAUUGUUGAACGAUCUGCCAAGGCUAUGGAGAAAGGAAAUGAGAUUAAAGAGAGGUCUUUGGUGAUUCUCGACCAUCAUAAGACUCACAUCUACAAAGAGGGAGAAAUUUUCCCAGAAUUGCAACGCUAUGAUAUUCCUGGAGAAAUGAGGUUGAAUGGCUAUAAGUAUCUAGCAAAAAAUCCGGAUACCACAAGGGCUUUAUUUGGCUGGCCAGAAGAGUAUCGACAAUAA